UAGAUAGCUUGGUUAUAAAUUUCAUUUAUAUGAUAUGUAAGUAUUCGGUCUCAUUUCGCAUUAUCAUUUUAACCUUAACCUCAAAAAUAAAAGUUGUUUUAAAGUUUGCACAAAGAGCAGGUAUUAAAAUUUCACUUACCAGAAUGUUGAAGUUUAGGAAUAUGUUUAACAAAAAAUGCUCAGUAAUUGCAAUGGUUCAUGUAGAAGCACUACCAGGCUCACCGUUAUUCGCUGGUUCAGUUGAGAAAAUUGUGUCAAGAGCAUGUAAAGAAACUGAGACAUACUUAAACAAUGAUGUUGAUAGCAUACUAGUGGAGAAUAUGCACGAUGUACCCUACAUACAAUCUAAACAUUUUGGUCCCGAGGUUACAGCCACAAUGUGUAGAGUUUGUACAGAAUUAAGAAAAGUUAUUCCUCAUAGUAAACCCUUUGGAGUACAGGUUUUAGCUGGGGGUAAUAUAGAAGCCCUUUCGAUCGCAAAAGCAUGUUCUAUGAACUUUAUACGAGCAGAAGGAUUCGUUUUUGGUCAUGUAGCGGAUGAGGGUUAUACAGAUGCCAUCGCCGGCCUUAUAUUAAGGUACAGGAAACAAAUACAGGCCGAUGACGUUUUGGUAUUCACAGAUAUAAAAAAGAAACAUAGUUCUCAUGCGAUCACAAGUGACAUAUCCGUAACGGAAACUGCCAAGGCUGCAGAAUUUUUUCUCUCCGACGGUAUAAUACUGACCGGAACUACAACAGGAGAUCCAGCAAAUGCCUCGGAAUUAGAGGAAUUAAGGAAAGGCGUGAAUUUGCCUAUUUUAAUCGGAUCAGGAGUGACACAUGCCAACUUAGAGAACUACAUAUCGGCCGAUGCUGUAAUUGUAGGAUCGUAUUUCAAGAAAAAUGGAAAAUGGAAUAAAGAACUGGAUGAAAGCAGGAUUAAUAAUUUUAUGAAAAAAGUGAAAAGUAUAAGAUAGUGUUUAUAAAAAAAUGCAACUUGUUUUGAUAUUUCAUUU